CCACGGUAAAGAAGCCUAUUGGAGGCUCAGACCCAACUUUACCUUCCUAGACCCAAUUACAGACAGAUAUGGGUUCCAAAAGCCUUACAACUCCCAAAUGGAAAGAAAUUGAUGGUCCUCAUCUCUCCACGCCUCUGUAAUUCUAAAGAUACCACUUAAAGAUAGAGAGAAGAAACAAAUUUUGAGAUCUAGAAAUGGUGAGGGGAAUUGGUGCUUUUUUCAUGGCCACACUUCUCAUGUGGGUUGUCUCAGUGUUAUUCUUUAUAGUAUUCAACAACCGCACCGAACUGCUUCCAAUCGUUGCGGGUUUCAUAUUCUACCAAUCAGCCAAUUGGGUCGUCCGCAAUUUCCCAUCCUCUCGUAAUAAUCCACUCUUCGUUAACGCCUCUGUAUCUCUCCUCCACUCCUCCACUACCUCUGUUUCGGUACUCUUCAUUUUAGCCAAUCAAUGGAUAAUUAUGACGUCAUCAAGUGACGUAACUAGUAAGAUAUUUGAGCACUCACAACUUGUUGAGCACACUUGGCCAUAUGCAUAUCCAGCUUUGUGCUUUUCAUGUGGUUAUUUUGCUUAUGACCAAUUGGAUAUGCUUCUCUAUAAUCUAUAUACUAGCCCUUCCAUUUUAGUGCAUCAUUUGUUGCUACUUGUCUGCUUCACACUUGCCUUGUAUAAAAAUGUGACGAUUAAUUACCUUAUUCUGACUCUAAUUUGUGAGCUGCAUUCUGUGUUUUUACAUCUGCGUAAAGUGCGGCGAAUGGCUGGUUUUCGUGAUUCGAAUAGUAAUUUUGUGAAGGUAGAAUGGGUUCUUAAUUUGACGAGUUUUGUUGUAGCAAGAGUUGGAUGUCAUGUUCUCAUCACUGUGAAGUUGAUUAGAGAUGCUUCUAAGUUUGACAAGGGUGGUGUGGAGUUUCCCCUUGCACUUUUUGGUAUGGUUGGGAUGAACUUGCUUAAUGCUUUCUUAGGAGUUGAUCUCUUUAAAGCUUAUAGAAGAGAGAUGAAUCCUCAGAGGAGUUACCAGAAUCAUCAUGAUUGACAAUUCGUGAAAGAGAAUGAUUUUUCUGACAUUUCUCAUGUUCUAUAAACUCGUCAACUCAACCGGCCAUUUUUCUUCACUUCAUGCCACUACGUCAAGAGUUCGAGCCUGGUAAGCUUUCAAAUGAAAAGGACUCUCCUGAAGUCAAAGGCGGAUUCAAGAUUUCAACUUAAUGGAUUCAGAUUCGGAACUCCAUAACAUUCUAAGUAAAUUUAGUGAAUUCAAAAUUAUUGUUUGUACUUAUUUAUUAAAUUUUUCAACACAUCUUGAGCCAAAACUAAUAGUAGCUUGUUGACUAGAUUUGCACGUUAAUUUGUAAGUAUACUUGGGUUUUGUUGGAUUCUGAAGGGGCUUGGCUGUAUUUUCCCAAACAUUAUACAAGCAACUAGUAAGUCUUC